CUCUCCUGCUCCUCUCUCCUCCUUCCCGUCCGAUCCGCUCACAAACGGCGCUGGUAACAAAGACGAGACAACAACAAGGGGGUGAUGGGAGGGCACACAGCACGGCCCACAGAAAGACAUUCACGAAUUGAAUUGAUAUCACCGGAUAUAUACAGAUAUAUUUUUGUCAUUUUCAACGACCGUUGUUGAAGUUGUUCUCGUGACGCGAGCGGAGUUCACUCCGAGCGGCUUUCUGACUUUCCAAAGAGAAGUAGAUCAAGAUGCUAGACCCGAAAAACCAAAGCGGAACAUUCAAAACCUUGUUUUGGUGAUGAUGAAACUCCCAUACAUCCCAGUCCUCUGACUCUUUCCUGAAACCGAAAGCAAUCAUCCGCUGCGAUGUCUGACCAGGAACGGCCUGUGCCGUCCCUCAAGCCAGAGGUCAAACCAAAACCAGAAAUCCCUCUUAGAUUGCUACGUAGGUCCUCCUCUUUAGUUGAGGGAGGAGACUCCACGCAGGGAAAGGUGAAGAAAAUAGCAAAAAGGUUCACCAAGCAGGACUCCAUCAAAGCAGCAGGAGAGCAGCCGGUGAAUGGUGCCGCAGAACUCUCGCCAAGUACGCAGGUGAAAAAAUCACCUGAGACAAGACCCAAACCUGACAGCAUCGUCUCCAAACCCGAGGCACCGCCGCUCCCCAAGAAGAGGAGCCGCUUUGUGCAGAGACGAGCGGAGAGCAUAGGAGAGGAGAGUGAAGGCAUGAACAUUUACAAACGACGAUCAGCACCUGAUGGGAAGGAGGUGGAGGAUCAAGGGACAGGAGCGGCUGAGGCAAACGCAGAGGACAUGCUAUAUACUCCUCUCAAUAGGUGCUGCAACAAAUCCUGCACCUGCGUGUGUCACCUAAAGAGACCCGGCAUGAAGCUCAUAUGGGUGCCUGUGGAUGAAAACUCUCCAGGUGGGGAGGGUCAGAUCAACGGGGAAGAGCGCAGAGAAGAGAAAGAUAUGAUGGGACAGAAAGCAAAUCCAAAGAGGCGCUGCAAAGAGAGCAACAGGAAGUUGGAGGACAGGAACAAGAAUAUGAGUCUGAAUUACCAGCAUGGAAGACGGAGGGGGAAGAAAAAGAGGGAUGAACACGAUGAAAAGAAUGAAGUGGAACAGCAGAAAGGAGAGAAAGCGUUCAAAGAGGGGAUGGAGGGAGAACCAAAAGAAGCAGAGAAAACAGUGCAUGUUCAGAGAGAAGAGACAGAAGCUGAACAGCCAAAGGAGAUUGAAGUGAAUGCAGCAGAUGGAGCACAUCUUCCACAGGUUGUGCUCCAUCCUGUGGAAGAUGAUGGAGAAUCUGGUGGGAAGGUUGGUGAGAAGAUUAAAGAGGGAGAAAAUGAAGUGAAGAAUGCACCAAAAGAUGUGAAAAUGGCAAAAUCACAGUUCCAUCAGUCUCUGGAAAUUGCGCUGGCUGGGGGUCUGAAAAAACUUUCAGAGCACGGUUCUGUGGCUGCCAUUACUCGCUGUCAGCCUUUACUUCAAAAUAAUCCUCAGCCUCCACCGGUCCCAAGCCAUACCGCAGAAGAUGAUGAGGGGAGUAGUAUCUACGAGCGCCAUUUACCUGAUGAUGAUCGGGGCGCGAGAAAAUUUCAUCUUCGAGGGUUGACUUGCAUGAAGUUCCUCAAAAAAAUACGCCAACCAGCUCGACGGGAGAAACCUGCCCGCAGCACCUCGAACGCCACACCUGAGCUUGAGAACACAACGGAACCACCCGCCAUACCACCAAGGGUCCCUGUGAACGGUUCUCCGAUCUACAAUGGCAGCAACCUCACACCCAGUCGGGCCAGACUGCAACCCCCCAAAACAUCUCCUCCGUGCAGCCCUCUGCUUCCUCACAGACCCCCGCCGGCUCCACCGAAGACCCACUCCAGGAGGACCAGCAAUGUGUCGAUACAGUCUGCCAGCUUGUCAGAAGAAGAAAAUAAAAGUAAUGGAGAGAAAGAAGACACAGACCCGUCUCCAGUCAGAAGGAAGUCUUCAUUCAGGUUGUGCCUGACAGACGAGCCUCUGUACCAAACGUACAACGACUUCGCAAUCCAAAAGGAGAUUCAACGACAGACCGUAAUCCGAAACAUCAGCAAAACUAGCAUGGAUUAUGCUAUGGAAUUUGUGGCGCACUUCAGCGAAAAACCAUCUGGGAAGUCAAAUGUCGCCAGAGGGAGCCCUGUGCCCACUGUGAGCCCUGUGCCCACAGUGAGUCAACCCACCUUGUGGCAGGAACAGCCAACUGUACAGGACAGUGGACUGCUGGAGCAGCUCACUGUUGACCAGAUCAAGUAUCAGGAGAGCAUGUUUGAGGUCCUGACCUCCGAGACUUCCUACCUGCGGUCCCUCUACGUUCUGACUGAGCACUUCAUGGAAAACCGGGAGCUGACAGAGACAAUCAUCAUUAGUGACAAGAAAACUCUCUUCUCAAACAUCCUGAAGGUCCGCGAGGUCAGCGAAAGGUUCCGGAAAGACCUCGAAGAGCACAUUUUCAAGGAGAUUGUUUUCCCAGAUAUAUGCAACAUCCUCCACUAUCACGCCCAGCACAACUUCUCCACCUACAUCGACUAUGUCCGCAACCAGACCUACCAGGAAAAGACCUUCAGCCGACUCAUGAAGACUAAUGAACAGUUCGCCACAGUCAUCAACCGCCUUCAGGAGCUGCCUCAGUGUCAGCGGCUGCCCUUCAUCUCCUUUCUGCUGCUGCCCUUCCAGCGAAUCACACGCAUCAAGAUGCUCAUCGAGAACAUCUUGAAGAGAACAAAAGAGGGGACGCUGGAGGAGCAGACCGCCUCCAAGGCGCUGGCCUCUGUCUCUAAGAUCAUUGAUCAAUGUAACAGAGACGUGGGAAAGAUGAGGCAGAUGGAGGAGCUGAUUGAAAUCUCGAAGAUGCUUGAGUUCGAUAAGCUCAGGGCCGUCCCCAUCAUCUCUGAGACUCGAUUUCUGGAGAAGAAGGGAGAGCUGCAAGAAAUGUCAAAAGCAAAAACCUUUGUGAACAUGAGAGCCAAGUUCUCUGCGGUUUACCUCUUCCUUUUUAACGACCACCUCAUAAUUACCGUCAAGAAAAGUUCAGACCGGUACGUGGUGGUGGACCACACUCAUCGAUCUCUGGUGCAGGCUCAGCCUUUGGAUGAGUGUUUUGGUGGCGCAGCCUACGAGAACUGCUUCAACCUCGUCAUGCUGGAAAACCACCAGGGACGCCCGAUGGAGCGGGUCCUCAAAGCCCCGACCAAGUCGGACAUGGAGAGAUGGUUGGCAGCUUUCCCCAGCACCACCAAAGAAGACGUCGAUGAAGAAGUGAUUUAUGAGGACUGGGAUUGUCCUCAGGUGCAGUGUGUGGAGCAGUACAUCGCCCAGCAAGCAGACGAACUCAGCCUGGAGCCUACUGAGAUCGUUAACGUCACCCGCAAAACCAACGAAGGCUGGUACGAAGGAAUGCGUUUGUCUGACAAUCAGAAGGGCUGGUUCCCCGUUGCGAACGUCAUCGAGAUCACCAACGAGCACGUCAGGAGAAGAAACCUGAAGGAGCGCUACAGGGUCUCUCAGGCUACGAUGAUGGUGAAAUACGGCAAGGUCCGCUGAGUACGUCUGCACCGUACAUAUGCUUUAAGGACAAUAAGACGGAAGAUCCCAGUGAACGCUGUUUAUCAGCAAACACCUUGUAAUUAAUCCACUAACUUCUACCACUGAAGCGACGCGGAACUAAAAUUAGAUCUUUUAUUGGAGAUGCUAAAAAUGCAGCAUUCACUUUUAACUAUGACUGGAAACUGUAAAUGCCAAUCAUUCUUUGCAUUUCUUGAGAAACCAGUUAACGUUCAGUCAUGCACAUUCUCACGUUUCUGCUACUUCAAACAUCCUGUUGACUGUCACUGAGGCAGUGAGUGAAGAUCAGCUGAUCGCCUCUGGAUAUUUAAAACCGAUUGUGCUGGAAUACUACGCCUGUAAAUAUGUUGAAAAAUGUAAAUUGUAAAAGGGUGUU